UCCAAAGCCAUACACGUGCGCAACACUUGGGCCAAACGGUGCGAUCGGCACCUCUUUCUCAGCUCACGAGACAACGCGAGUCUACCGGCCGUACGGCUGUGCGAUACCGACGAUAGGGCCCACCUUUGGUGUAAAACUAAAGCGGGUAUGCGUUACAUACACGAAAAAUAUCUCGAUGAUUACGACUGGGUCUUAAAGGCCGAUGAUGAUACCUACGUGAUCAUGGAAAAUUUACGCCAGUUUCUGGCCUCACACUCGCCUCAAGAGCUCCUAUACUUUGGCUGUAAACUACAGUACGAGAGAGUAAAAUACAUGAUGGGAGGGGCCGGGUAUGUGCUGAGUCGGGCGGCUGUGACCAAGUUUGUUACUGUUGGUAUCGGUAGUAAAACCGACAGUAGUCUGUGUUUGGCUGGGACUGACACAGGGGCCGAGGAUCUAGAGAUGGGCAGAUGUCUACAACAUAUAGGUGUUCCUGCAGGUGAUAGUCGUGAUGAUAAACAAAUGGCCCGUUUCCUGCCCAUUAGCCCUUUGCAUUUGGUUUUGCCCAACAGUGAUAUAUAUAAACACGUCCCUUGGUUUAGGUACUACAGUGUAUACCCGCACCGGUCGGGCCCCGAGUGUUGCAGUCCAACUCCCAUCUCGUUUCAUUACGUGCCAAUAAAUAUAAUGUAUUUAAUGGACUUUUUAUUAUAUAAUGUUAAUGUUAUUCAAUAG